AUGGAUUUGUUACACGCAGCUGAAUGUGGUUGUUUAUCUGUUGUCAAGACUUUUCUUACAAAUGACAAAUCUGUCAUUCAUUCUUGUCGACAUCGAGAUCGUCAUAAUCACGCGUUCAAUGUUGGUGGAUCAGCUAUUCAUUAUGCCAGUCGAUCAGGUCAUUUAAAUAUCGUGAAAUAUCUUUUAGAACAUGAUGCAACAAUUAUUGAUGAUCGUGAUCGUCAGAAUUGGACGGCGUUACAUUAUGCUUGUUACAAUGGACAUAUUCAUAUUGUCAAAUUCUUAUUGAAAUAUAAUCCAAAUGUAAAUAUUAAAGAUAAAUAUUUCUCUCAAACAGCGGUACAAUUUGCGAUGUAUCGACAAUUUCAUGAAAUUGUCAAAUUAUUCAAUGUGACAUCGAACGAAAAUGUUGAAGAUGUAUCCAAAGCAAAAAAUAUUCCUAUUUUUCGAAAAAAAUCGAAUUUAUUUCUUGGAAGAUACAAAUUAACUGAAAAUCAAAUCAAACAAAUCGAAUUAUUUCGAGGAAAUUUACAUUGUGAUGAUAUUGAAUUACGACAAAUCGAAGAUGUCGAAUUAUUCAAUCUUUCAGUUCGAAUUCUAUUUACACAUAAUUUUAAUGAACAUAUUAAUCGAACUAUGGAAAUAUCAGCUAAUGAAGAUGAAAAUGAUCCAUUUUUACGAUCUUCAUCAACAUCAGCUUUUGAACACAUUCUGGUUUUCAAAGAAGAAGAAAAUAUUUUCGAAUAA